AUGGCCAAACGAAGCCGGGAUGGCGACGGCAAGGAUGAGGAAAGUACCCCACCGGAAACACCAUCAGGCCGGAAAUCUAUACUGAGAGGUACACCGAACAAGUUGAAUGGCAUCGCGACCGUGGAUGCGACACCCAAGUCUCUUCGUAAAGUGCUCUUUUCGACGCCUGCCAAGCAUGGUGAGGAUGAUGAAGAUGACGACAAUGUCACCCCUACCACAACCCGCAACGACCGAUCAGCUCGUAGAAAGAGCCAGAGGACGUUGCAACAUGUCGACGAAGCCAGCGAUGGAGAGAAUGCGAUUGUGCAGGACGGACGUCUAGCUCAACAGAUAUUGGGAGAAGACGCAGUCUCAGAAGAUGAGGACGAGGACGACGACGACGAAGAUGGGAUCACUCCGUCUGAACCACAAUCCGGCCCCGACACGCCCUCCAAAUCCGGCAAGUUACGAGGACGUCCUAAAGGCCGACGGCGGGAACGCACACCCUCACCUCCACCAGAUCUGCCACCGCACGAACUCUACUUCUUCCAAAAUCGCACAGGCGCCAACAAGACGUCCACGAAUACUCUACCCUCGCACGUUCUUCUCAGUCACGAGGACUAUUUCGCCAAGAUAGGCUCAUACAAAGAUCCUCAUGCGUCGGAUAUCGAUCGGCUGAAGCGAUUGCACAAACGUGCGUUCGAGCAAUGGAUGUUUGAGCUGGAAGAGGGCUUCAAUCUAUGCCUGUAUGGAUAUGGGAGUAAGAGGUUGUUGGUCAAUGAGUUCGCCGAAGAGCUGUCUGCGGAGGCGCAAGACAAGAGGAAGAUUGUCGUUGUGAAUGGGUACACGCCUGGUCUGGCGAUGAAAGACAUCCUGAACACUCUUGCUCGAGUGGUCAUAAAGUCGAAACUUAAGCUACCGACUCAGGUACCUGCACUACUGGACGAGAUCCUCAGAAGCCUGACGACUGAUGCGAACGCUAUGUCAUUUACGCUGGUCGUUCAUUCCCUAGACCACCAGAAUCUUCGCAAGCCAGCGGUACAAGCUAUGCUCGCUCGCUUGGCUGGACACCCUGCCAUCUCUCUUAUCGCAACAUGCGAUUCGCCGCUAUUUCCGCUGCUCUGGGAUACGGCUACGACAAGACAAUAUCGGUUCCUAUACCACGAUACCACGACCUUCGAACCAUACCGGGUGGAGCUCGAUGUUGUGGAAGAAGUCAACACAUUGCUGGGCAGAAGUAGAAGACGAGUAGGCGGCAAAGAUGGUGUAGCCUUCGUGCUGAAGAGUUUGCCGGAGAAUGCGAGGAAUUUGUUUAGAAUCCUAGUAGCGGAACAACUUGCUCUAGCCGAUGCAGCCCCCGCAGGAUUGUCAAGUCACGCAGCUUUCGGUGGCGGUCAAGAUGACGACGAUGACGAAGAAGUGCUAGGGGCGUCCGACGACGACCUCGCAGCUGCAGGCCAACAUACGCCCUCUCGACGUGGCCGGCACAAGCGAGCGCCGGUCAAGAGCGCCAAGAAAGUCGCCGCUCCUGUCGUUCGUCCUAAUGCAGCACAGGGCAUGGAAGGUGUGGAGUACCGCACACUAUACCACAAAGCUGUCGAAGAGUUCGUCUGCUCGAGCGAGCUGAACUUCCGGACUCUGUUGAAGGAAUUUGUGGAUCAUCAGAUUAUUGAAAGUCGAAAGGAUGUAGCUGGGACUGAGAGGGUAGCUGUUACUGGUGUUGGGAGGGAGGAGUUGGAGGGAUUGCUGGAGGAGCUUGUUUAG